ACGAGCCAGUGUACGUGCACGCGAGCACACCACACCACUGAUGGCCAUUGACGAUGGCAGCAAGCAGGCAGCAGCCGGGGCGUCGUCGCCGGAGCAGGCGAAGAGUCGCCGCUCGCUGCGCCGGCUCCCGCACGUCGCCUGCCUGGUCCUCGCGGCCGCCCACCUCGCGCGCGCGGCGCGCGAGCGCGCGCCGCGGGACCUGGCCUUCGUCGCGGCCGCGCACGCCGCCCUCGCGCUGCUCCUCCUCUGCGUCGGCAGGCACGAGGCGGCGCCCACCGCCGAGGCGAGGGGCCGGCUCAGGGUCUGCGUCUGGGCGCUGUCCACGGCGCUGACGGGCUUGUUCGCCUGCCGCGUGGCGCCGGCGUUGCCGCCGCCGCUGGGCGUGCUCGUCUACGGCCUGGACCUGCUCGUCACCGCCGGUGGGUUCGUCAUGCUGUUCCUCUGCGACGCCGGGGACGACGGUGCUGCCAGUUUCGGGACGCGCGAGAAAUCUCAGGACGAAGGUCUCUGACCUCUGAGUUCUCCUAAUCACCCGGAGUUCACAUUUUAAAAACGAGUUUAAACAAAUUUUAUGGCAUAAUCGUAUCGCACACUCUGUUUUCAAAUCAUACGAAAUUAAAAAAGUGCCACGUGGAUUUAUGGUGUAAGGUUGUUUCUGUCCACGUCAGCAUCAAGACGUUGACCAAAAUCCGGAAUUUUUUGUCUCAUCAUCA